UUUGAUUUGAUUUUAGCCAUGUAGCUUUCUACCGUGCCACUUUUUUUUAUUGCGUCUGUUUUAUUGUUUGCCUUUAGUUAGUACGUUUACACAGCGACAUAUAUAUGUCAAGACAGACCGUUAAAGCAAACUGUAGACAUGUUUUUGAAUCAUUGUGGCUCACAUGACUCAUGUGUCACACAUCAAGAGCUUCCUUAAAGUGUGCAGUCAGUUAGAACAGGACACUAUAAACAAUAAAUGGAGACCCGAAGUCAGCUGAGUUACUCCUUUCUCCUGUUUUGGACCGUGUGUUUUAUUGGGACUGUGGAGACCCACAAUGUUUCGACUCCAAAUAUGAUCAUAAUGCUUAUGGAUGAUAUGGGAUGGGGUGAUCUUGGUGUAUUUGGUGAGCCCUCUAAAGAAACUCCAAAUCUGGAUAUGAUGGCCACUCAGGGGAUGCUGUUCCCCAACUUCUACGCUGCAAAUCCUCUCUGUUCUCCAUCCAGAGCCGCGUUGCUCACCGGCCGUCUUCCAAUCAGGAAUGGAUUCUACACCACCAACGCACAUGCCAGGAACGCUUACACACCCCAAGAGGUCGUGGGAGGAAUUACAAAAGACGAGAUCCUGUUGCCUCAGAUCUUGAAGAAACAAGGCUAUGUCAGCAAGAUUGUUGGCAAGUGGCAUCUCGGACACAGAAAGCAGCACCUGCCUUUGGAGCAUGGGUUUGACCAAUUCUUCGGUUCUCCUCACUGUCAUUUUGGACCCUAUAACGAAAGUGUCUGUCCCAACAUCCCUGUUUAUAACAACUCCCAAAUGAUUGGAAGGUAUUAUGAGGAAUUUCAAAUCAACAGGAAAACUGGGGAAUCAAACCUCUCACAGCACUUUUUACAGGAAGCACUGGAUUUUAUCUCACACCAAAACACAGCCCAUCAGCCUUUUUUCCUCUACUGGGCCCCAGAUGCCACACACGAUCCAGUUUAUGCUUCUAAGAAAUUCCUGGGUCGGAGUCAGCGAGGACGUUAUGGUGAUGCUGUGAUGGAGCUGGACCACAGUGUGGGGAAGAUUUUGGCUCAGCUGGUUGAGCUGGGCAUCGACAAGAACACCUUUGUGUUCUUCACUUCUGAUAACGGUGCUGCAGUGAUGUCUGGACCAGGGCAAAGUGGCAGUAACGGACCAUUCCUUUGCGGAAAGGAGACAACCUUUGAGGGAGGAAUGAGGGAGCCUGCUAUUGCUUGGUGGCCUGGACGAAUCCCGGCAGGAACGGUGCGAAUUUCCCUAUUAGCAAACAGCACUAAUACUAUAGCAGGACGUGGCAGGCUUCACUUCUGGAUGCCAGCAGAAGACCGAGUUGGCUCAGGAUGUGAUGGAAUGGGUUGGCAGAGGAACGUCGGCCAGCUCAGCAUUCCCACAUAUGGACAGGGAGGAUGCAGGGUUGCGAGGGGGAGGAGAAUGGCUGAGCCACUGUCAGCCCCAAAGCUGCCAGCCCCAUCGCUUAGGCUUGCUUUAUCAGCUGAUCCCCAGAGCUGGAGUGAAUUAGACAGGGAUAGCAGGCCGUCUUCAGCUGAGAAGGUGGCGGAUGGAGAGAAUGGAGAAUUCACAGAGGCUGAGGUGAGCUAUCAGUUGGGCACCGUGAUGGAUCUCUUCACUACCAGCCUUGCUCUUGCCGGCCUUAAUGCUCCUGAUGACCGGAUCAUUGAUGGCCUGGAUCUGAGUUCCUCCUUCUUUAACAAUUCAGUAAUAGAAAGGCCUGUUUUCUAUUACCGUGGCAAUGAGAUGAUGGCAGUGCGGCUCGAGCUGUACAAGGCACAUUAUUGGACAUGGACCAACUCGUGGGAGGAGUUUAAAAAGGGUAUAAACUUUUGUCCUGGCCAGGAGGUUCCAGAGGUUACCAAUCACAUCCAGAGGGAGCACACCAUGCAACCUCUCAUUUUCCAUCUGGGACGGGACCCAGGAGAGAAACGUCCAAUCAGCGUCCUGUCUAAGGAAUAUCAGCAAGUUCUUGAACGCAUCAAUGCCAUAGUGGAGCAACAUAAGCGGACGCUCGUGCCCGGAGAGCCACAGCUAAACAUGUGUGAUCUAGCCGUGAUGAAUUGGGCUCCGCCAGGAUGUGAGAAGUUGGGAAAGUGCCUCAAAUCCCCACCAUCUAAUCCAUGGAAAUGUGAAUGGCCCCACUGAACCAUCCAAUAAAUAUCUUUACAUCACUGUA